CCUCCGAGAAAGCGCGAGACACGCCGGCGCGUGCAGCUCCGCGGCGGCCGCUGCGCCCCGGCUCGAGCCCCGCGCCGCACGCAGCCUGCCCGCGAGCGCCCGUCGCGGUGAUUUAUGCGGCGGCCGCGCCUGCCGGCUGCGGCUUCCUCCGGCCCCCCCUCCCCCGCCCAGGGCGCGCCCCCCACUCGUGGCAGCAGCUGCCGGGACUCGCUCGUGGGUGUGUUGUUUGGGGGCUUCUGCCUCGGCGCCGCGGGGGCCACCUCCCGGGACGCUGCCCCGGCGUCCCAGGUCGCGAUCAAACAAAUAAUAGAAGUCUGUUGAAGCUUUGUCCUGACCUAUUCUGGAAGUAGAAGAAUACCCUGGAGAAAGAAGCAUUGUAAGCACAAAGAAUAAGACUCCUCAAUCCUGGGAGAGAGAAUUAAAGUCUAACCCUCCAAAUGGCUAUUCUAAUGUGAUGCUGGGAUUGAGUUCACCUAGUUCACUCCGUAUCAAGGUUGACUCAGAAGUCCUGUAGAAGAUCUGAAAGAAAUAAAUUUAUUGAGGAAAACCAACAUAAACUGCAUAUAAAGUAUACAGUUUGAUAAGUAUAUAUGUCUGUUAAGCAACAUCACAACAGGUAUUAAGUCAUGAUGCAGGAAUCUGCGACAGAGACAAUAAGCAACAGUUCAAUGAAUCAAAAUGGAAUGAGCACUCUAAGCAGCCAAUUAGAUGCUGGCAGCAGAGAUGGAAGAUCAAGUGGGGACACCAGUUCUGAAGUAAGCACAGUAGAACUGCUGCAUCUGCAACAACAGCAGGCUCUCCAAGCAGCAAGACAACUUCUCUUACAGCAGCAAACAAGUGGAUUGAAAUCUCCUAAGAGCAGUGAUAAACAGAGACCACUGCAGGAAUUGCUUCCAGAAACAAAAUUAUGUGUCUGUGGCCACUCUUCUGGUGAUGGGCAUCCUCACAACACAUUUGCAGUGCCUGUGUCGGUGGCCAUGAUGACUCCCCAGGUGAUCACCCCUCAGCAAAUGCAGCAGAUUCUUCAGCAGCAAGUCCUGUCCCCUCAGCAGCUCCAAGCCCUUCUCCAGCAGCAGCAGGCGGUCAUGCUGCAGCAGCAACAACUACAAGAGUUUUACAAGAAACAGCAAGAGCAGUUACAUCUUCAGCUUUUGCAGCAGCAGCAACAGCAGCAGCAGCAGCAGCAGCAGCAGCAGCAGCAGCAGCAGCAGCAACAGCAGCCGCAGCCGCCGCCACCGCCGCCGCCACAGCAUCCUGGCAAGCAGGCGAAAGAGCAGCAGCAGCAGCAGCAGCAGUUGGCCGCCCAGCAGCUUGUCUUCCAGCAGCAGCUUCUCCAGAUGCAACAACUCCAGCAGCAGCAGCAUCUGCUCAGCCUUCAGCGUCAGGGACUCAUCUCCAUCCCACCUGGCCAGGCGGCACUUCCUGUCCAGUCGCUGCCUCAAGCUGGCUUAAGUCCUGCUGAGAUUCAGCAGUUAUGGAAAGAAGUGACUGGAGUGCACAGUAUGGAAGACAAUGGCAUUAAACAUGGAGGGCUAGACCUCACUACUAACAAUUCCUCCUCGACUACCUCCUCCACCACUUCCAAAGCAUCACCACCAAUAACCCAUCAUUCCAUAGUGAAUGGACAGUCUUCAGUUCUAAGUGCAAGGCGGGACAGCUCGUCACACGAGGAGACUGGGGCUUCUCACACUCUGUAUGGCCAUGGAGUUUGCAAAUGGCCGGGCUGUGAAAGCAUUUGUGAAGAUUUUGGACAGUUUUUAAAGCACCUUAACAAUGAACAUGCUCUGGACGACCGAAGCACUGCCCAGUGUCGAGUGCAAAUGCAGGUGGUCCAACAGUUAGAAAUACAGCUUUCUAAAGAACGUGAACGUCUUCAAGCAAUGAUGACCCACUUGCACAUGCGACCCUCAGAGCCCAAACCAUCUCCCAAACCUCUAAAUCUGGUGUCUAGUGUCACCAUGUCGAAGAACAUGUUGGAGACAUCCCCACAGAGCUUACCUCAAACCCCUACCACACCAACGGCCCCAGUCACCCCGAUUACCCAGGGACCCUCAGUAAUCACCCCAGCCAGUGUGCCCAAUGUGGGAGCCAUACGAAGGCGACAUUCAGACAAAUACAACAUUCCCAUGUCAUCAGAGAUUGCCCCAAACUAUGAAUUUUAUAAAAAUGCAGAUGUCAGACCUCCAUUUACUUAUGCAACUCUCAUAAGGCAGGCUAUCAUGGAGUCAUCUGACAGGCAGUUAACACUUAAUGAAAUUUACAGCUGGUUUACACGGACAUUUGCUUACUUCAGGCGUAAUGCAGCAACUUGGAAGAAUGCAGUACGUCAUAAUCUUAGCCUGCACAAGUGUUUUGUUCGAGUAGAAAAUGUUAAAGGAGCAGUAUGGACUGUGGAUGAAGUAGAAUACCAGAAGCGAAGGUCACAAAAGAUAACAGGAAGCCCAACCUUAGUAAAAAAUAUACCUACCAGUUUAGGCUACGGAGCAGCUCUUAAUGCCAGUUUGCAGGCUGCCUUGGCAGAGAGCAGUUUGCCUUUGCUUAGUAACCCGGGACUGAUCAAUAACGCAUCCAGUGGCCUUCUGCAGGCCGUCCAUGAAGACCUCAAUGGCUCCCUGGAUCACAUUGACAGCAACGGGAACAGCAGUCCAGGCUGCUCGCCGCAGCCGCACAUACAUUCAAUCCACGUCAAGGAAGAACCAGUGAUUGCGGAGGAUGAAGACUGCCCAAUGUCCUUAGUGACAACAGCUAAUCACAGUCCAGAAUUAGAAGAUGACAGAGAGAUUGAAGAAGAGCCUUUAUCUGAAGAUCUGGAAUGAGAACUGACUUGUGAAACCUCAGCGUGAAGGGACAUAUCACUUGACCUUCAUAACCACUCCACAACCAUGAAUAUUUGACAAAUUUUUACUGUGACUAUUUAUUAAGCAUGGAUAAAGGAGACAGCCCUAAAGGAACUUAUUAAGCCAGCCCUUUGGGAUUCAGUACCAACAGGCAAAUUGCUUGUGUUCUUCCCUUCCUCUCUCUCUCUUUCUCUCUCUCUCUUUUUUUUUAGAAAAAAAGACAAAAACUGAUUUUUCUUGAAAAAAAAUAAACUUUCUUUCUAUAAUGGCUUUGCCCAUUUAAAAAAUGUGGCUCUUAAGGGUUCAUGAAAUGACUGAAUAUGAGGAUACAUGUCCUGUAGAAAGCAAACGCGCCUCAUAUACUGCCAAAAAUAGUGUUAGUUUCAUUAAUGUGAAUUUUCCAGCAUUCAGUAGUUGUAAUGUUAGAAACAAUUGCUGGUCAAGUUCAACUUGUUGCUAUUGUUUUUAAUUUGCACAGGAGUAGUAUCAGAAAUUAGUGUCACUGCUUGUAUCUAGCUGAAUUUUAAACAACAGAAUAUUAGUUUUUUAUGUUGGUGCCACCAACUGUAAAUGACAUAAGUUAGUUAUUACAAGACACAGUAAUUAGACUGUUGCAACCAUCUAAAACCUUAGGCUUCCAGUCUGUGCUGUUAGUGUUAAGAUGUAAAGUGCAAUCCUAAGCUAACAUUAUCUGUGCAAGCACCAUAGAAACAUUUGCAUAUCUGCAUAGAUCUUACAACUGUACUCUUUACCUCCUUGUGAUAAAGCUUUGUCUACCUGCAAACACAGUCAAAGGCUACAGCUGCAAACCAAAGCCAACUCUAACCAUGGCCAAGAGCUCAAGGACAGAAGCAGCCACAUGCUUUGGUCAGCCUUCUGUAACUUCAAUUAGUACAAAGGAAACUUUUCCAUGAACUACCUGCUGUUUUCUGAUGACCUCUGGGAUCUUUUCAUUUAGCCCUAAACAAAGAAUCAAAUAUGACAAAAACCACAACUAAAAAGUUAAUUCAGUCACAGAGUAAUCUUCUGAGGCCAAAAGUCCAUCUAAAUGCAAUGAAGAUUUGCUUUCAUUAAAGACAGAGGUGAGGACAAAAUCCGCAGUGGACGUUAUGAUGUGCUAGAAAGCAACAAAUGUGGAUCACUGACCAAAAUGAUUAUGUACUUGAUGCAAAUGCAGAUUGCAUAUUGUUAUAUAUAUAGUACAUUGUGUUUUUGUUUUCCCCCAUCCAGUCACUUACUUUCGGUGGUGAAUACAUGUUGUUAGAAGAUGACGUGUAUGGUCUGAAUCUUUGUUGUGUACUAUUUUUUAUAGUCUUAAGUUAUAAUGAAAAAACAAAAAGUAGGAACCAAACAUAAACGGUCUAGUAAAGCCAAAAAUUAAUUUCAUAUUGAUUUUAAAGUGAUCUAGCUGAGUUUUUACACUGAAAGCAAAGAUUAUAGCAAUUGUAGUCCAUGGUAUUUAUUUUCAGUCAAACCAAAGUUACAUAUAAUUCUGCCUCUGCUUAUACGGGAUAUUAACACUAACAAUACACUCCCUUUCAAAGACUUGCACAGGCCAAAUUGUUGGAAUGCUGGUUUUCUUGACAACUCCAAACCCCAAAACUAUGAUAAUGCAUUAUGGUGUAGUUGAAAAUAGCAUAGUCAGACGUUUGCUUAAAACCUAGAAACUUUAUGUGUUGCUUUUCAUGUGCUGUGCCAAGUCUUGAUAAUACUUUUUCCCCCAACCAAGGGACCUCAUAACCUGAUUAUGGUUAUUGCUUUACAAACAGUUUUGACAGAAGGUGGCUGCUAGAGCUUAACAUACGUACCAGUUCCAUGUGAUGGAGCCGGUUCUUGCAAACUAAGCUCAUCAUUUAUUCUUUGCUGAAGUCAGCAAAUAGAGUUA